AGUGGAGGCCCCACCCUUUGUGUAAAAGCCGCCCGUCAAUCAAAACAGAAAUAAAUCAGUCAGUUAUCACCUAUUUCUGCGCGUAUGCAAUCAGUUUAAUCAGCUCAUCAUGCCCCGUUGCUUCUGAUUAUUAGGACUUUCCGUUUAAAGAGAAGUCACGCAAUGACUGGUAUGUUUUUUUUCCUUUAUUAUUCUUCACCCUACGGAAGCUAACUAGCCAACUCGGGCUAGCACAGAUGCUCGUCUGUGAUACAGCUAAUUAUCGCAGUGUACCUGAACACUCCAGAACAGCCACUGAAACCAGAUGAAAUGGACGGCGGUCAGGACAGUUUUAUCCAGCAGGAUGAAGGCAGUGCCAAUCAGGACGCUCAGCCAUCACCCCUCGACCUGCUAGCAACGACCUGCACUCAGGUUGAGUCGCCAUCCUCAGAGGUGAACAGAGGUGCUGCAGCUGAUGUGGCAUCGGAGCCAUCUUCUCAGCUUACAGGGACUGAGAAAUGGGAAGUGCUAACCCCCACAACAGCAGCAAAGGAUGAGUCUGGAAUGAUACAGAUCCAGAGCCAAGGAAUAUUGACAUCAAAUGGACAGUAUGUUCUUCCUCUCCAAAGCUUACAGAGUCAGCCGAUUUUUGUGACGUCUGGCACAGACGCCUCUUCUGCCAAUUCAGUGCCUAACAUUCAGUACCAAGUGAUUCCUCAGAUUCAGACAGCAGACGGACAGCUGAGCUUCUCCACGUCUGGUGUAGAAGGGCCAACUCUGACUCAGGAUGGCACAGGGCAGAUUCAGAUCUUGCCUGAUGGGAGCCAGAGUCUCAACGUGGCAUCAUCUGCAAACAUCCUUAACAACCAAAACCUCAUUUCACAGACUGGCAGUGUCCAGCAGAUUCAAGGGGUUUCCUUUGGCGGUUCCACUUUUAACAACCAGGGCCAGGUUGUUACCAACGUGCCUGUGGGCCUGCCUGGGAACAUUACUUUUGUUCCUAUUAAUAGUGUUGACUUGGACUCCCUUGGCCUGUCGGGUGCUCAGACUAUAGCGACGGGGGUCACUGCUGAUGGUCAGCUGAUAAUGGCGAAUCAGCCUGGAGAUAACACUGAGAGUUUGAACAAGACAGACGAUCACCUCUCACAGACACUAACCGGACAUAACUCAAAUGCAAAUACGGAGAUAUUUGUGCCAACGUCUUCCUCUCAAUUACACGUUCCAGCAAAUGAAACCAAUCUGCAGACGCAAGACCCUUCUUUACAGCCGGUGGCAACAGGACAAGCAGACUCAGGUGCUGCUCUGCAAGAAAGCUUCCUCCAACAAAAUCAGGAUCAGAACGUCCAGGUUUCCUCGGGUCAGUCCAUCAUCCAGCUGCAGCAGGUGCCCCUUCAGACCGCCAACGGCCAAGUGGUCCAAUCUGUCACUUCCGGAGGACAGAACCUGCAAAACGUUCAACUCAUCAACCCAGGAACCUUCAUCAUACAAGCUCAGACAGUCACUCCUUCGGGUCAGAUUCAAUGGCAGACCUUUCAGGUACAAGGAGUGCAGAAUCUUCAGAACCUGCAGCUGCCCACCACACCCCCCCAGCAGAUAACCCUGGCACCAGUCCAGACCCUCUCUCUGGGCAGCAUCAGUGCAGGUCAGAUUCCAAAUCUUCAGACUGUGACCGUCAACUCAGUUGCGCCACAGGAAGGAGGAGACACAGAAACCACAGGAGAUAUUCGAAUCAAGGAAGAACCAGACUCUGGAGACUGGCUGGGCACAGACUCCACCCUGAACACCAACGAUCUGUCUCACCUCGCUGGCAGGCUGGGAGACGAAGAGGAUCCGCUCGGUCAGGAGGGCAAGAGGUUGCGCAGAGUAGCUUGUACUUGCCCUAACUGCAAAGAGUCAGGCGGGAGAGGAUCAAACACAGGAAAAAAGAAGCAGCACAUCUGCCACAUCGCAGGCUGUGGGAAGGUGUACGGGAAAACAUCCCACCUGCGAGCACACCUGCGCUGGCAUUCUGGGGAGCGACCUUUCGUCUGCAGCUGGGUGUUCUGCGGGAAGAGGUUCACACGCAGUGAUGAGCUGCAGAGGCACAGGAGAACACACACAGGAGAGAAGAAGUUUGUCUGCCCUGAAUGUUCCAAGCGAUUCAUGCGGAGCGACCACCUGGCGAAACACGUUAAAACCCAUCAGAACAAAAAGGGCGUGAACUCCGUCGGCACCGUGGUGGCCUCCAUGGAUUCAGCAGGCUCCUCUGACAGCAUCAUCACGGCGGGCGGAACCACCCUCAUCCUCACCAACAUCCAGCAGGGCUCGAACAACGCCCAGGACAUACUGGCUAACGCAGAGAUCCCCCUCCAGCUCGUCACCACAGUUGCCGCCGGUGAAGCGAUGAAGUAAUCUGCUCUCAUGAACUUCCCCCUUUCAUACUCUAUACCCCAACUUGCAUUUUUAUUCAAGUUUUGAAGGAAAGUAUAGAUUAUAUAUAUAUAAAUAUAUAUAAUAAAUAUAUAUUUUACCACAGAAAUAGUUCAUUUUCAUCUUUUGUUUCUACAAAAGAAAACAAGCAAAUGGAGACAAAGUGGAAAAAGACAUUGCAGUAAACACAAAGAAAUGCCUUAUUUUGUACAAUAUUGUGUAGUUAAAAUGCCACUUUGUUUAAAUUGACUUAUUUUUCAAAUAUGUAUUUCUGGAGAAAUUAUUGCUAAGGCAAGCAAAUAUAUUCUCACCUUUUUCCUUUUUACUAUUAUAUCUAAAGUCCUUUGAAAGAGAUGUAUAGGCCCAACCACCAUCAAGUUUUAUGCAGCCGAAGUGAAUUUAUGAAAUCCAUGCAAAGGUUUUUCUUUUGUUUUUUGUUUCUUUUCUGGCAGUCAGCUUCCAAAGUUGUUCAUCCAGAUAUAUAUAUAUAUA